ACCAAGGUGGAGAUCUCAGUUUGGCCUCUAGCUGGUGUUUAGGCUGGCAGCGUGGUGCACUUGCUGAUCUGACACGCUGUAGCGCUCACAGACACACAGAUUAGCGCGUGUAGAUUACACUGUGGUUUGUUAUCGUAGCCGUGGGCUGGUGCUGCAGACUGAUUACAGACUCUGCUUUGAAGACAAGGCAUGUAAUAUGCUCAUGUUCCUGCUUUUUUUGUUUCUUUAGUAGGAUGGAGGAGCAAGGAGAAGAUGCCACUUCUUCUAAAGUACAAAAAGGGAAAAGAAGAAAGGAAAAAAAUGUAGAAAAUGCUGGAUCGGACCUUGUCCCCAACCCAGGACCUUACAAGAAGCAGAGAAGAAAGAAAGCAGAGUCUGUUGCACAAUCCCAGGAAAAGAAGUCUGAAGACAUAUCUGCAAAUAUAAAACCGGACAAAGUAGAAAAUGCUGGAUCGGACCUUGUACCCAACCCAGGACCUUACAAGAUGCAGAGAAGAAAGAAAGCCGAAACUGUGGCGCAAUCCCAGGAAAAGAAGUCUGAGGAGAUAUCUGUAAAUAUAAAACCGGACAAAGGUAAGGCUCGAAAACAAACGAAGAGCAUGAAAAGAGAGUCAAGGACACUAGAUGGUGAAAAUAGCAAGGCAGUGGAGGAAGAGGCGGAAGUAUCUGAAACAAUACCGAACCAUCUCCACCACUGUAUGAGCUCCCACAAAUAUGUAGGCGCACAUUUAUCCAUUCAAGGAGGACUGUGGAAAGCUGUGGAGGAAGCCAAGCAUAUUAGGGCUAAGGCAUUUGGUCUGUUUUUGGGGUCACAGAGAACCUGGAACAGUAAAACCCUAGAAGAAGAGGCUGCCGAGAGGUUCAGAAAAACAUGUAGCGAGUUGGGGUUUGAGCCAUGCUACAUAUUGCCACAUAGCCCGUAUCUGAUGAAUUUGGGCUCACCAAGGCCAGAUGUGUUUCAGAAGAGUCGUGCUAUGCUAGUGAAAGAAUUAAACCGAUGCCAUCAGCUUGGCCUUACCCUAUACAACAUCCACCCUGGAUCCCAUGUGGGUGCAAUGCCAGUAAACGAGUGUUUGGAACUCAUUGCGGAUGGCAUCAAUAAUGCCCACUUACAAGUUCCCGGUGUCACAGUAGUGCUAGAGAAUAUGAGCUGCCAAGGUAGUACAAUUGGAGGUCGCUUUGAAGAGCUGCGUGGCAUUAUAGACCACGUCGCAGAUAAGUCUCGUGUUGGUGUGUGCCUAGACACAUGUCACGCUUUUGCUGCCGGUCACAACUUGUCAGAAGAGACAGGCCUCCAGAAUAUGUUAGAUGAAUUUGAUAAGGUUGUCGGGCUUUCCUACCUCAAAGCUGUCCACCUGAAUGAUUCCAAAGGUAAAGUUGGCUGCCAUCUUGACCGCCAUGAAAACAUUGGCAGAGGUUAUAUUGGAUUGGAGGGAUUCAGAAAGAUUAUGAAUGAGCCGCGAUUUAAUGAAAUUCCCAUGAUCCUUGAGACACCCUACAGCUCUGAGCACGAAGACUAUUCCAAAGAGAUUGAUCUUCUGUACUCUCUUUGUGCAGGGGGGGUGCAGUAGUAAGUGGCAUAAUUUCAUUCUAUUUCACCAUUCAUAACGUAAACCUGAUAGAACAGUAUUUGGCAACCGGUUUACCAGAGGCUUUGGAACUGUAAAUCGCAGAAUGGCGUGUCAGCCAUAGAUUCUUUCCAGCCCUAUCUGCAGACCCUAAUUGCUGAAAAGAAAAUGUGUUAUAAGAAUGUAGUAUAGAUUUCACAAGAAUUAUUUUUCAUGUAAAUAAUUGGCUGGAGACUCCAAAGCAACUACAUGUAAAUAUUUAAAUAACUAUUUUACACUGAUAAUCCAAAAGUUCCUGUUUAGCACUUUCCAAUUCUGUUGACAUGAUUAAAGUAGUUAAGGAUUAUGGGACAUUCAGACAAAUGACAGCAGAAGUGCGUAACUUAAUCCACAUUGGAGGUCUUAUGUAUCUUCUUCUGAAAGAUGCUGUUGAUGUACAUUUAAUGUUACUUUGUUAAUUUUUACAGAUUUAUUGCAGUACUCUUGUGUUUACUUUCUGUAUCGCUAAGCUUAUGUUGUGGAAAUAGUCAAACAUAAAUGUUUAUAAAUGAUUGUGUUAAUUU